AAUUGAUUGAAACUUUUGGACGGAGCCACCGCCACCGCGGACGUGGUCGCCGCCUUCGGCCACCACUGGCCUAUAAACACGCCGGCAAUCAUCAGGUGUAGCAUCUAAUCGCCAUUAUUAAUUUAUAGGCCAGAAGAGAUGACGGAAUAUAUAUAAAGCGUCGAGUCGACUGCUGUCACAAUUGAUGUUGAUACUGUGGAGCUCGAAGGAACACGCGCACAAGGACAAAUUCACGCAAUUUUAUAAUUUCUUCGGUAAGCUUUCUGCAAUAGGAUAAAGUUCGAUUCAUCAAUCAUCACUACAGUGCCGUAUCGGUGACAGAGAACCUCCUCACGGACGUUGCAUGUUGGUGCCAUAUUGGAUAUAUGAUGCGCAGCAUGGCGACAUCAGUCCCACCGAGAGGCAUAGUUGCCAUUGUUGGCGUUGGUGCCAAGCUUGGCCGUUCAAUCGCCCGAAAAUUCGCUCACGAAGGCUACACCGUUGCUAUCCUUGCCCGAGACCUAGGCAGACUAUCCAGGUUCGCAGAUGAAAUUGCGAGAGAAGAAAAGGCACAAGUAUUUGCGAUCCGAAUCGACUGCUCGGAGACUCGGAGCAUCAAGGAGGCGUUUGAAGGUGUUCUGUCGUUGGGGUUCGUGGAAGUUUUGAUCUACAACGCCUACCAUCCAGUAUCAUGGACCCCUACUUGCUUCACUGACAUCCGCCUCGACCGUUUCCAGAAGUCCGUCGCCGUUUCCUCCGUCGGCGCCUUCCACUGCGCCCAACAGGUCCUGCCCGGGAUGGUGGAUAGAGGGAGAGGGACGAUUCUCUUCACAGGUUGUUCCGCUUCGCUCAACGGCAUUGCAGGCCUCUCAGAUUUAUGUUGUGGCAAGUUUGCGAUGAGAGGCUUAUCCCAAUGUCUAGCUCGAGAAUUCCAGCCGCUCGGAAUACACGUGGCUCAUGUCAUCAUCGACGGCAUCAUUAGUCCACCUAGGUGUGCAGUUGUCUCAAAUGCAAGUCAAAGAUCAUCUUCUUCGUCUUCGUCUGUCGGGGAUCCGCAUCAUGCAAGAGGUUGGGAUGGCUUAAUGGACCCCGAUGCAUUGGCUCAAACCUACUGGCAAUUGCACAUUCAAGAUAGAACCACCUGGACUCAAGAGCUCGAUCUUCGCCCCGGCGGCUACUGCCUCUAGUGAAACAUGCUAAGGCCAGCAAUCCCAACAACCUGUCCCGGUCAUUGAUGCUUCAGUGGAAAUUCUGGACUUGGGACAAUAAGUUUACAGUAGCAAGCAAUCAUCAAAUCGUCAUAGCACAUGUUUUCAAUUAUAUUUCAUUGUUCCUCCUUCCUAUCCUGUCUGUAGACGUAAUAUUUGCACUUUUUCUUUAUUUUUUUUUUGUUUGGGUAGGUUUCUUUUGUUGUU